GAUUAAUGUAUUAUUUAAGUAAAAAAAGUGCAAUUCAUGUUAGACUAUUGUUCUUUUCUUUAUGUGAUAUGAUCGAAUAGAACGAAAAGAGUAGUUAGAAAGAAAUAAGUGUUCUUUAAAAUAGAAUUUGAAUACAAUAUAGAUUUUAAUGAUUUUGUUGGUUAGAAGUAACAAGUUAAUGAACGACGGAAUAUAUGAAAGAAAACAAAUAGUACGCACUUUUGCAGACUUUUAAUAUUUCCUCAUUGUAAGUCAGUGAAAUCUGUCACAGCUGCCUAAACCUUACAACUUUUAUUCAACAAUAAUAAUGACACAAGAGGAAUUUCCACCGUUAAAAAAUGACUUGAUCUUGAAAGCUGCACGCGGGGAACCAGUAGAACGUAUCCCAAUGUGGAUAAUGCGGCAAGCUGGAAGAUAUCUUCCUGAAUUUCAAGAAAUCAGAUCAAAGCAUGAUUUUUUUACCGUUUGUCAAACACCAGCUUUGGCCUGCGAGGUUACUUUACAACCUUUGAAACGUUUUGAUUUCGAUGCCAGUAUUAUUUUUUCUGAUAUCUUGGUCAUUCCGCAAGCCAUGGGUUUGACUGUUGAAAUGGUUCCUGGAACGGGACCAGUUUUGCCCAAACCUUUGAACACUCCAUCUGAUUUAGAUAGAUUAGUCUCUGUAAAUGUAGAGAAGGAUUUAAAAUAUGUAGGGGAAGCUAUAACUUUAACACGGCAUAAAUUAGAAGGCAAAGUACCGUUAAUUGGCUUUACUGGUGCACCUUGGACACUAAUGAGCUACAUGAUCCAAGGUGGGGGAAGUUCAACAAUGACUAAACCACGCUCUUGGUUGUACAAAUAUCCACAAGAUUCGCACAAACUUUUACAACUCAUUACGAAUGUCGUAGUGGACUACCUUGUGAUGCAAGUUAAAGCAGGAGCACAGUUAUUACAAGUAUUUGAAAGUCACGGCGAUUUUCUCAACGAUGAAUUAUUCUCAAAUUAUUCAUUUAAAUAUUUGAAGGAAAUUAGUGAAAAGGUCAGACAAAGACUUAAAGAAGAAAAUAUUCCUGAUGUACCAAUGAUUGCUUUUCCAAAAGGUGCAACAAUGAAUUCUUUGGAGAUGUUAGCAAAAUCAAAAAGUUACGAGGUGUUAGGUUUAGAUUGGACCGUGGACCCUUUGGAAGCAAGAGAAAGAUUGGGUCCUGAUGUUACUUUACAAGGAAAUUUGGAUCCAUGUGCAUUAUAUGCUCCCGAGCAAGAAAUAACGAAUCGAGGUCGAGAUAUGGCUAUGAAAUUUUCUAAGACUCGAUAUAUCGCGAAUUUGGGACAUGGUAUUUUUCCAGACACGCCAAUUACAUCCGUCGAAGCAUUUAUCAAGGGAGUUCAUUCAGUGUAAUUUAUCAGGCUGAUUUGUUCUUCCGUAUAUUUAUUACGAUAUAAUUUUAUAAUAAAUUAUUAUUGUUGACAAGC